CCUCUUCGUCCUGAUCACCACCACCACCACCACCACCACCACCCUUCUUUCAGCUUUCAGCUUUCAGCUUUCAAUCUUCAUAUAUGGCUUCUCUUGCCUUCUCUUCCAGCUUGCUGCCUGAUAACAGUAAUUGCCUCGUCUUCAUGACGGCCAUAGCUGUCCCUCUAUUGUCUAUCCUUGUACUGUUGCUCCUCAACAAAAACAAAAACAACAAGAACAAAACCAAGGCACUCAACCUGCCACCAGGGCCCUCCGGUUGGCCGGUCGUGGGCAAUCUCUUCCAAGUGGCCCGCGCCAGCAAACCCUUCAUCCACUACGUUCGAGAUCUCAUUGGCAUCUAUGGACCUAUAUUCACGCUCCGUAUGGGCGCACGUACGCUCAUCAUUGUCUCAAGUGCGGAGCUUGCGCAUGAGGCACUCAUCGAGAAAGGCCAGAUGUUCGCGAGUCGACCUGCCGAGAACCCCACGCGCAACAUUUUCAGUUGCGACAAGUUCACGGUCAACUCCGCCGUUUACGGCCCAGAGUGGCGCUCCCUUCGGCGCAACAUGGUCUCCGGCAUGCUCAGCAACAGUCGCCUCAGGGAGUUCCGCGGAGUCCGUGAGUCAGCCAUGGAACGCUUCAUCCAAAGAAUUCGCAACGAGGCCGAGGCCAACGACGGCGCCGUCUGGGUGCUCAAGAACGCACGCUUCGCGGUGUUUUGCAUCCUGUUAUCCAUGUGCUUUGGCGUGGACUUGGACGAGGAGACCAUCAUAAAGAUCGAUCAGGUGAUGAAGAGGGUGCUCAUCACGCUCAACCCUAGAAUGGAUGACUACCUCCCUCUCCUCAGACCCUUCUUUUCAAAACAACAGAAGGAGGCGCUUGUUGUCCGAGCCGAACAAAUCCAGACACUCGUCCCACUCAUCGACAUGCGCCGCCAGAUACUCCGGAGUCCCAGCAAGGACCCCAAAGCCGUGUCUUUCUCCUACCUAGACUCCCUCCUCGACCUCAAGGUCGACGGGAGAAAGUCUGCCCCGGACGACGUCGAGCUCGUCACCCUCUGCUCAGAGUUCCUCAAUGGUGGUACCGACACAACGGCCACAGCCAUCGAGUGGGCCAUCGCCCGCCUCAUCGAGAACCCACUCAUUCAGACCAAGCUCUACCAGGAGAUCGUGUCGGCUGUCGGAGAAAGGCCGGUGGACGAAAAGGACACGGAGAAAAUGGUGUACCUGCAAGCGUUCGUGAAGGAGUUGCUACGCAAGCACCCCCCGACCUUCUUCUCAUUGACCCAUGCGGCUGCGGAGCCUGGUGCGAAGCUCGGUGGAUACGACAUCCCCAUGGGCACCAACUUGGAGAUAUAUCUGCCUACCAUCAGCGAGGAUCCCAAGCUGUGGAGCAACGAAGGGACCUUCGAUCCUGAGAGGUUCUUGUCAGGUGGAGAAAGCGCCGACAUCACCGGGGUGACAGGGAUCAAGAUGAUACCCUUCGGAUGUGGUCGGAGGAUAUGCCCGGGGCUUGGGAUGGGUGUCACUCACAUCACACUCAUGGUGGCCAGGAUGGUCCAAGAGUUCGAGUGGUGCGUCCACCCCUCCCAACCCAACUUGGAGUUUGCUGACAAGCAAGAGUUCACUGUUGUCAUGAACCAGGCUCUCUUGGCCAUGGUCAAGUCCAGGCAGUAACUCAAGUCAAGUACGCGCGCGUGCAACGCAUACUCUGUCCAGCGAGAAGGAAUUGAUUUUCAAUUCUAUACGUAGUUGUUACAUUUUCUAUUACGAGAGUGAUGGUGCCUUGUUUGUCCUUCUGGUUUAUGGCCAGCUACUACUGCUACUACCACUAAUGAUUAAUUAUUGUUGCUGUUGCUGCUGCUGCUGCUAUUAUACUGCUACUGGCUAGUAUGGUAUUUGUUAAUCGAGGAAAGAAAGAUUCAACGAGGAAGGAAUUUACAUUUACAGUAGAUGAAAAAUGGACCAUCAUCUCCAUCUUCUAUUUAUUAUUUUCAUUAUCAUGUUUGCUUUUAUUUAUUAUAUCCUAAAUUCACUUAACAGCGAAAAUUAAAUUCA